UCAAAUUUGUCGUAUUUUAUAUAAAUUCCAAUUCAAAAUUUACCAAAUGCUAUUAUAUUAUUUACGAAGUAACUUUGUAUAACACCAUUAAUAGUGUAGAAAAAAUGUCAAAAUUACUAAGUGUGUUAGUUAUUGCCGUAGCGUUAUGUUUUUCGUGUUUAAAUGCCGCUGAUGAUCGCCCGGAAGGCACACCAGAAUGUCUAGCAAAGUCAGGGGCCCUCGAAGCCGAUGUUUUUGCAAGACCUCGUAAAUACUCUCAAGAAAUUCACUGCUUCUGGAAAUGUAUGUUAGAAAGAAGUAAUAUGUUGGAUGCAGCUGGUGUUGUAAACGUCGACUUGUUUGAAAAAGCUUUCCCAAAAGCUGCUGUUAAUAUGCAACCUCAGCAGAUAACUGAUAUAAAGAAAUGUUUGGCAACUAUCGGAAAAAUUGUCAUCUGUGACGAUAUGAGCAAAGUUAGGGAGUGUUUUGUUAAGGUUUUAAAAUCUUGAGUUACUUUAAUAGUUUUUUUUUGUUAUCAAUAGGUUUGAUUAAAUAUUUAACUGCUGGCA